AUGUCUAAAAAAGACAACCUCGAUAAAAUCCUAGGCCCCUCCGCCACCCGCGACGCCGUGCCGCAACCAAACCAAACCUACGUCAUUCUCGAGCGCUCCUCCUCCGCGGCCAUAGCCAUUGUCGACGGCAAGCUCCGACUAGAAGAGGACCUCAGUCAAGCGGGGAACUGCUACUGGCGCAGCGUGGAGAAGGACGGCUGGAUGGGCUUCUAUGAGACGGAGCUGGAGCGGUUCCUGGGGCACGACUUUUGGUGGAACUUCACGGCGGAGGGUACGGAGCAAGGCGAGUAUGGGAGCUUUGUGCCGAGGCGGCAUCCUGAUGGGGGGUAUGUGUUGCUGGCGCCGAGGUUGGGGGGACUGCUGCAGGUUGUUGCUGGGAAGGAUGGGGGUUUGAAGGCGGCGAAGGAGGGGGGAACGGCGUGGGAGUUUGUGAGGGUUGAUGAUGAUGAUGAGGAGGAGGAUGAGGAAGAUGAGGAGGAGGAAGAGGGUGAUGAGGAUGUUAAUGGGGUGGAAGAGGUGGAUGACGAGGAGGAGAAGAAGACGUCGUGA